GGUGCUUUCAAGGAACCGGCUCUAUGGAUCCAUCUUACCAGCAUUCAAGGACUUCACAAGCCUACGCUACAUGCACCUGGAUGACAACCAGUUCACAGGAGGAAUUCCCGACAUCUCCGGUCUAACCAACUUGGUUAUCUUGAACCUCCAGCGCAACAGCCUAACAGGUGCUAUUCCUGCAUCACUUAGCCGCCUAAGCGAGCUAUGGACCUUGUAUCUAGGUCACAACCAACUCUCCGGAACAAUUCCUGACAUAUUUGGGCCACUAACCAAGUUAUGUGACCUGGUGUUCGAGAGAAACAAGCUACUAGGUCCCAUUCCCACCUCCAUUGGCUUGCUAACCGAGCUCAGUUUCCUGUACCUGAACAACAACCGCCUCUCUGGAACUAUCCCCGACCUCUUCACUACCCUCACUAAUAUAAACCUGAUGUACUUAGGCAACAACCUUCUCACUGGAACUAUUCCCGAUUUCUCUUCCCUCUCGAACAUGUGGUUUCUAGAUCUGAGCUACAACGGUCUUUCAGGACCCAUCCCUUCAUCAAUUGGCACAUUAAGCGAGCUACGUUCCUUGGAACUCAAGUGGAACAGCCUCACAGGGCCUAUUCCCUAUGCAUUGCAAAGUCUUACCAACCUUAUAUAUUUGGAUUUUUUCUCCAACCAGUUAUCUGGAACCAUCCCGAACUGGCUCACCUCCUUCUCCAUCCUAAUCGUUCUAGAUUUGAGCUACAACAGUCUAACAGGAACGAUCCCUUCGUCCGUUGGUUCACUGAGUGUGCUUCAGGGCUUGUCAUUCGCUCACAACCAGCUGUACGGAAGCAUCCCCGAAGCACUGACCAGUCUCACAAAGCUCUCUAAAUUCGACCUCUCACACAACUACCUCACAGGAGGCGUGGUGAAGCCGAUGCAGGCAUACGCAGACCUAUCCUUCAACUACCUCUCCAGCCCUAUCCGCGAGUGCACAACCGGCAACUACGAGGCAAACUGCAUCGCAGUGACUGGCGCCUGCCUGGCACAGAUGCGCCCGGAUUCUGUGUGCAACUCCUUCUGUGGAAUCUCGGGGACCUCGGCUGCCUGUGCGGGGCACGGCGUGUGCUACCCUACAGGUGCUAGCUUGCGGCCGGCGUGUGCGUGCGACGAGGGGUUCAAAGUUGUUGAUGGCUUGACGUGCGUUCCUGAAGAUCAAGACGAGGGCUACUCGUUCACCAACACCAUUGUUCCUCCACAGACCGAACUCACCAAGGGAACACGACAGGAAACAGCAGGCAAGUUCAGUGAAGACCCGGUGAUGCUCUUCCUAUACGAGCAAGGCCGGGAGGACCCGGGGUGCGGGACCGAGCUCGCAUUCAACGUCAACUUCACCUUCUCCCUCUUGCCCAAGCCUGGCAAAGCCGGCGCAAACGGCUUUGCGUUUGUCAUCUCUGCAAAGAACCGUCCAGGGAACAGCAGCAGCGGUGGUGUGGGAUAUGGAGGCAUGGAGAGCCGAAGCAUGGCGAUAGAGUUUGACACGUUUCAGGACCCCAAGAACGGAGACCCGGACUAUCAGCACAUCGGGCUGAACGUGCAAGGCAGGGACGCGUCACUGGCAACUGCCAAGGCGCCGUUUGUGCUGAACGACCGGAAGCAGUACACAGCAUGGGUGGACUACGAGCCGGGGGAUCCCGGCACCAUUCAAGUGUUUCUGGCAAAUUCAACAGCCAAGCUGGGAGCGGCGGUGCUGGAGAGGCGGUUCUCGCUGUGUGAGGUGCUGCAGCCGGGGCCGCCGCAGGUGGAGCAGGGCGAGGAGGCGCAGCUGCAGGCGUACUACAUGGGGUUUGUGGCGUCCACCACUGUGGCUCCUUUCCAGAAGCACGUGGUGCUGGACUCCUGGGUGCAUGCUGGCCUGCCUCCGCCACACAAGCCUGUCAACAUCAUUCCCGCAUACGGGCUGAACGUGUCGGUGGAGACGUAUGCACCGCAGCAGGCGAGCCCGUUUCCGCGGUACGUGAGUGCAGACUACCGCGUGGCGGCGGACAAGAAGGACUCGUGGCGCUUCAGCGACUACCACUCCUGGGACUCUGUGCCCUUCCUCGGCUGGCCCGUCAAGGACCAGACCACGUGCAAUGCGUGCUGGGCAUACGCAGUGGUGGCGAGCAUAGAAGCGGCAUACGGCAUAGCGACAAGACAGGAAGCGCCGCGGCUGUCAGUGGACUCGCUCUUCACACUCAUGGGCCUCACCACCGCGGCUGACAGGUGCUCUGCAGGGGGCUCGCCCACAGAGGCCUUUGAGAAGCUGCGCGCUCUGCCUAAGGACGGGCUUGUGCUGGCUGGGACCAGUGCUUCACAGACGAACAAGGAUGCGGUGAGUAAAGGGGUGGGGCUUUCUAACCCUUCUCCCCCUCAUUCCCCCCAUUCUUCCCCUCAUUUCCCAGCCUUCUCCUCCUCAUUCCCCCCAUUCUUCCCCCUCAUUCCCCCCCUUUUCUCCCUCAACCCCCCCCCCUUCUCGCCCUCAUUUCCCCCCCUUCUCCCUCUCACUUCCCCCACUGCUCCCCCUCAUUUCCCCUCCUGCUCCUUCUCACUUCCCCCACUGCUCCCCCUCAUUUCCCCUCCUGCUCCUUCUCACUUCCCCCACUGCUCCCCUUCAUUUCCCCUCCUUCUCCUUCUCACUUCCCCCACUGCUCCCCCUCAUUUCCCCUCCUGCUCCUGCUCACUUCCCCCACUGCUCCCCUUCAUUUCCCCUCCUGCUCCUUCUCACUUCCCCCACUGCUCCCCCUCAUUUCCCCUCCUGCUCCUUCUCACUUCCCCCACUGCUCCCCUUCAUUUCCCCUCCUCCUCCCUCUCAUUUCCCCCCUUACUCCUCUCAUCUCCCCCCCUCCUCCCUCUCAUUUCCCCCCUUGCUCCUCUCAUCUCUCCCCCUCCUCCCUCUCAUUUCCCCCCUUGCUCCUCUCAUCUCUCCCCCUCCUCCCUCUCAUUUCCCCCCUUGCUCCUCUCAUCUCUCCCCCUCCUCCCUCUCAUUUCCCCCCUUGCUCCUCUCAUCUCUCCCCCUCUCCCUCUCAUUUCCCCCCUUGCCGCCUCUCACUUCCACCCUUGCUCACUCUCGCUUCCCUGCUUCCCUCUCAUUUCCCUCCUUCACCCCUUCAUUUCCCAACCUAAACCCUUAUUUUCCCCACCUUGCUCCCCGUCAUUUCCCCCUCUUCUCCCCUUAUUUUUCCCACCUUGCUCCCCUUCAUUUUCCUCCCAGCUCUGGCAUAGCCCCACUGCCCUCCCGUCCUUUUCAUCUUCCCUCCCUUACAGGGUGGAUCCCUUGCAAAAUACUGCCCCACACUCGCUCCCUUCCAUUCUCCCUUCCACGCUCUCCCAUCGCCAUGCCUUAAUUUCUCAUCCCCCCUCCUUCCAGGGUCAUCUCACCUCCCAUGAGAUCCCACUCGCUCCUUCAGUCCCUGCCCAUACUGCCGCCGCUGCUGCCUUUGCCGGAGCUGCCUCUGCUGCCACACCCAGUGUUCCUUCCUUUGCUCCUACUGGACCUAGCAUUUGUGGAGCAAAUGUAGCAGCAGCUCCCACGAGGAGUUGGAGCUGGGAUGAUCUUGCAAGAACAGCGGCAGGUGCAUGGGCAGCAACAGCAGAACCAAGAGCGAGUGAGCCCUGCUGCGGUCUCACAGCCGAGCGCGCUCAUGAGUGCGCAAGCCGCAGGAGAUGCAGCAUGCCGGGUCUCUCACGCUGGGUGCACACUAUCGAAGCAGCCAUGUCAGCAGUGGACUGGGGAGCGAGCAGGGUGUGA